AUGGCUGACGACAAGAAAUCUUUACUGGACGCCUCUGGCGUCGAAAAGAGAGAGGAGGAUGCUACCGCAACCGCGAUUCUCAGACGCAAAAAGAAGGACAACAUGCUGAUGGUCGAUGACGCUGUCAACGAUGACAACUCAGUGAUCGCGAUCAAUUCCAACACAAUGGACUUGUUGCAGUUGUUCCGUGGUGAUACAGUUCUGGUCAAGGGCAAAAAGCGCAAGGACACCGUCUUGAUCGUGCUGAUUGAUGACGAGCUGGAGAACGGCGUGUGCCGUGUUAACCGUGUGGUGCGUAACAACUUGCGUAUCCGCCUGGGUGACUUGGUCACGAUCCAUGCGUGCCCAGACAUCAAGUACGCAUCUCGGAUUUCGGUGCUCCCUAUUGCGGACACCGUUGAAGGUCUCACAGGCAGCCUGUUCGACGUUUACCUGAAGCCUUACUUCGUGGAAGCAUACCGUCCUGUGAGAAAGGGCGACCACUUUGUUGUCAGAGGUGGUAUGAGACAGGUCGAGUUCAAGGUCGUGGACGUCGAGCCCGAGGAAUACGCUGUUGUCGCUCAAGACACAGUUAUCCACUCUGAGGGUGAGCCAAUCAACCGCGAAGACGAGGAGAACAACAUCAAUGAGGUCGGUUACGACGACAUCGGUGGUUGCCGCAAGCAAAUGGCUCAGAUCAGAGAGCUCGUUGAGUUGCCUUUGAGACACCCUCAACUUUUCAAAGCCAUUGGUAUCAAGCCUCCAAGAGGUAUUCUGAUGUACGGUCCACCUGGUACCGGUAAAACGCUGAUGGCAAGGGCCGUUGCCAACGAGACCGGCGCUUUCUUCUUCCUGAUCAACGGUCCUGAAGUUAUGUCCAAAAUGGCCGGUGAAUCGGAGUCGAACUUGCGUAAAGCUUUCGAAGAAGCUGAGAAAAACGCUCCCGCCAUUAUUUUCAUCGACGAGAUCGACUCUAUCGCACCAAAGCGUGACAAGACCAACGGUGAAGUUGAGAGGAGAGUUGUGUCGCAGCUGUUGACCUUAAUGGACGGUAUGAAGGCAAGAUCCAACGUUGUAGUGAUUGCCGCUACCAACAGACCUAACUCGAUCGACCCCGCUCUGAGAAGAUUCGGUAGAUUCGACCGUGAAGUCGACAUUGGUAUUCCAGACGCUACCGGUAGACUGGAAGUACUGCGCAUUCACACCAAGAACAUGAAGCUGGCUGACGACGUUGACCUCGAGGUGCUCGCUGCCGAAACGCAUGGUUACGUUGGUGCUGAUAUAGCUUCCUUAUGUUCUGAGGCUGCUAUGCAACAGAUUCGUGAGAAGAUGGACAUGAUCGAUUUGGAUGAGGACGAAAUUGAUGCCGAGGUUCUUGACUCCCUGGGAGUUACUAUGGACAACUUCAAGUUUGCCCUAGGCAACUCCAACCCAUCUGCACUACGUGAGACUGUGGUGGAGAGCGUCAAUGUUACAUGGGACGACAUUGGUGGCUUGGACGAAAUCAAGGAGGAACUGAAGGAAACCGUCGAAUACCCAGUCUUGCACCCAGACCAAUACACAAAGUUUGGUUUGUCUCCUUCCAAGGGUGUGUUGUUCUACGGUCCUCCUGGUACUGGUAAGACUCUGUUGGCCAAGGCCGUUGCCACGGAAGUCUCAGCAAACUUCAUCUCCGUCAAGGGUCCUGAACUUUUGAGUAUGUGGUACGGUGAAUCUGAGUCUAACAUUCGUGACAUCUUCGACAAAGCAAGAGCUGCGGCCCCAACUGUGGUCUUCCUGGAUGAAUUGGACUCCAUUGCCAAGGCUAGAGGUGGCUCAGUUGGCGAUGCUGGCGGUGCUUCCGACAGAGUUGUCAACCAGCUGUUGACGGAAAUGGAUGGUAUGAACGCAAAGAAGAACGUUUUCGUCAUUGGUGCCACAAACAGACCAGACCAGAUAGAUCCUGCUAUUCUAAGACCUGGUAGAUUGGAUCAGCUGAUAUAUGUUCCACUACCAGAUGAGAUGGCCAGACUUUCGAUCCUGAAUGCCCAACUCAGAAACACCCCUCUAGAGCCCGGCCUGGAGCUAAGCACAAUCGCCAAAGCCACUCAAGGCUUCUCUGGUGCUGAUCUGUCCUACAUCGUCCAGAGAGCUGCCAAGUUUGCAAUCAAAGACUCGAUUGAGGCUCAGAGGAGAGCAUUGGCUGAACAGCAGAGCCGUGUCAAGACAGAAGACGUGGAGAUGGGUGAUGGUGCCGAAGCUGCCGAGCCAGCCGCCGCUGACGAAGAAAUCGAAGAUGCUGUCCCUUACAUCACAAAGGAGCACUUCUCUGAGGCCAUGAAGACCGCCAAGCGCUCAGUCUCGGACGCUGAGCUGCGCCGUUACGAGGCUUACUCUCAACAAAUGAAAGCAUCCAGAGGCCAGUACAGCAACUUCAGCUUCGAUGACUCUCCUAGUGCUAACCAGCCCGCGGGCACUAACGAGCGCUCCGGUGCUGCUUUCGGCGAAGGCGCCGAGGAGGAUGACGACCUGUAUAGCUGA